UUUAUCGACGUUUUCGGCCUCGAAAAUGAGCUUCUAGCCAAGGUUUCGCGGCCUGUGGGAGCAUUGCUGCUUGUCUGUCCCAUGGGAGGCACCGAGCCAACCCUUGUGGAGGGCAAUUCAGAAGUGAUCUCCAUGAAAGAAACUAUCGGGAAUGCUUCCGAAUGCAUGGGACUCCUACAAGCAAUCGAAAACUUCCAAGCAACAUACAACGAGAGAAGUGCUUCGGAUUAUGACGACUGCCAGAGGAAGAUUCAUGCCUGCGUCGCCCGGGAGGGCCAGACUUCGACACCGAGCCUAGAAGAGAAUGUCGAUCCCCAUUCCGUAGCUCUCGUGCCAGUGGAUGAUCUCGUCUUCGAGCUGGGCGGUUCGAAAGAUUUCCCCCCCCCCCGGCAUUGGUCCUCAGACGAGGAGAACUCCCUGAAGAGUUCAUUGGAUUCGGGGGAAGGCUAG